GCUACUGCAGCAGAGUGUAGUAAAGAACAGGAAACAACAGGACUUGAAGAGGGUUAUAUAUCAGCAUGUAAUCAGGAUAUAUGGUAGGGACAAUCCUAGCGUUGCGGCAAUGCAAGAUCACUUAUAUACAUAUGCACACACACACACAGCUACAAAUACAAUGUAACAGAAUAGGGUGUAGAUUCUGAGUUGUAUCGUUUUUGUAACAUUUACAUUAUUUAGUAAUACAUUUACAUUACUUAGUAAUACACAACAAUGUACCGGUAAUUUCUGUUUUGCUUGCUGUUCUGAACAGGUCCACGAUUGGUUCGUAUAUUCCUAUACGCUCGUUUUUGUGAUUUAGACUAGCCUGCUAAUAAAUAGUACCCUAUUUUAAGGAGUUACGUGUAACAAAAUAAUUUGACCUUAAAAUUAAGCAAAGUAUGUUGCGUUGAGGUUUCUACAUUUUCUCCAACACAGCUAUACGUAUUAUUAUUAUUAUUAUUAUUAUUAUUAUUAUUAUUAUUAUUAUUAUUAUUAUUAUUAAUAAAGAUAUAGUUACAUUCAGUAAUGGGAGUGGGUGAACAACACAUGUGUACGGAAUUGAAAUUGCUAUCGGUAGUUCAGGCCGGGGGGGUGAAUGUUGAGGAGGGGGUUGUGUUGAAAUCGAACCAGCAGAGCGAUGUGAAGAUAGAGGAAAAUGAGAACCAAGCGCCGAGUGAGAGGGGGACCUGGAGCCGCCGUCUCGAGUUCACUCUGGCGUGCAUCGGGUACGCCGUGGGACUCGGGAAUAUAUGGAGGUUCCCUUAUUUAUGCUACAGGAGUGGAGGGGGGGCAUUUAUCAUUCCAUACGUGGUGAUGCUGUUCUUGUGCGGAAUUCCACUGCUCUUUCUGGAGUUCUCGAUUGGACAGUACAUGCGUCUGGGGCCAGUGCAUGCCAUGGCCAAAAUCUGCCCCCUAUUGAAAGGUGUGGGAGUGGCUACAGUGGUGAUCUCGUUUCUGCUCUGUACCUACUACAAUGUUAUCAUCGCCUGGGCCCUCUAUUACCUCUUCAGCUCCUUUCAGUCGACACUGCCCUGGCAGAACUGCAACAACACUUGGAACGUUCCGGAAAACUGCUCCAGUGGCUUCACGGGCAACGCCACACAUCUUCAGUCGGCCAGCCAGCAGUUCUUUGAUCGCAGGGUACUGCAGAUGAGUGGUGGAGUGGAUCAGCCUGGACAGAUUCGCUGGGAGCUGCUUGGUCUCCUUAUUCUUGCAUGGAUCAUUGUUUACUUGUGCAUCUUUAAAGGGAUCAAAUCCACUGGAAAGGUCGUUUACUUCACUGCUAUAUUCCCUUACUUCAUACUGAUUGCCUUGUUUAUCAACAACGUUCAGCUGCCUGGGGCCAAAGAUGGAAUCCUCUACUUUCUCACCCCGAGAUGGGACAAGCUACUCGAAGUUCAGGUGUGGGUGAACGCUGCAGCUCAGAUCUUCAACUCCAUCGGCAUCAGCUUCGGCUCCAUGAUCUCCAUGGCAAGCUACAAUAAAUUCAACAACAACAUUCUCAGGGACACAUUGAUCGUCACCCUGACCAACUCUGCCACCAGUAUCUUUGCUGGGUUAGUCAUCUUCUCAGCUAUCGGCUACAUGGCCCACAUACACCACCUGCCUGUUGACAACAUCGCUACAGACGGGCCCGGCCUGGUGUUUGUUGUUUAUCCAGAGGCCUUUGUUACCAUGCCGGUGUCUCCCAUGUGGGCGGCCCUCUUUUUCUUCAUGCUGCUCUGCCUUGGGUUAGACAGCCAGUUUGCCAUGGUGGAGGUGAUGGUGACGAGCCUCAUGGAUGGCUGUGGGAAGCAGCUGCUCAGAGUGCUGAAGAGGAAGGAGCUGCUGGUCCUGGCAGUGUGCCUGGUCGCCUUCCUUCUUGGGAUUCCCAAUGUCACUCAGGGAGGGAUAUUCUUCUUUCAGCUCCUGGAUCACCACACUGCUGUGGUGUCCCUCAUGUUCCUGGCUUUCUUUGAGGUUGUUGCCAUCUGUUGGAUCUUUGGUGUGAAGCGACUGACCAGGAUUGUGACUGAAAUGCUGGGGGCGCCUCCUAACAUGUUCUUCAAAGUGUGCUGGUGGGUGAUCUCCCCCCUGCUGGUGAUGAUCAUUCUGAUCUCCAGCAUCGUCCAGUACAGUCCAGCCCGCUAUGGUAAGACCUACACCUACCCCCCAUGGGCUGAGGUGCUGGGCUGGUUCUUUUCUCUCUGCUCCAUCAUCUGGAUCCCACUAGGAGCUGUGCACACACUCUACUACAGCGAAGGGACACUUCUACAGCGGCUGAAGUCCUCAAUCAUACCACUUGACGAGCUGGCCUCCAUGGAUGACCUGCCAGUCAAGACCUUGGCUAAUUCCUCCCAUUCGCUUUCGCCGCACAUGAUUCCUGAAGAGGUUCCUCUCGGAAGGGAAGACGUCGGCUGAAGAUUGCAUUGGAAUGUUACAUUAUUCUAGUGGAUUUGUUCUCCUUUCCUAUAGCAGUAGUGUCCCAAGCGAAAGUCUUCAUCAUCAUUAUUAUUAUUAUUAUUAUUAUUAUUAUUUUUACAUACACUGUGUGGGGGGGGGACUGUGUAACUUAUUUAGAGUAAAAUUAAACUUGGUUGUGGGUCACUGUUGCUUCUCUAACGGUGACUGUUGUUAUUACCGUACAUCGAAGACCAACUGAGAAACAUGUCACAAGGUUUUGAAUGUACCUCUUGUUUAGACCAAACAAGAAAAUGUUUUAUUUCUAUAGUCCUUAAAGUAGGUGUUCCAAAACCUCGAUUCCUUUAAUUGACCAUGUGUAAUCUGAAAGUGUGGCCCACUCUACUUCUGUUUACUCAAAGUGCCGGAGCAUCAUGGAACUAAAUCAGAGAUGAUGUUUUUCACAGAAAACCUUUGAGCCCCUAACCUCAAAAAAGCGGAGGGACUAGGAGGUAUGUGUUAACACAAAGGUUGCAUGAGGUAUAAGGUGUUUUUUGCUUUAAAAUGUAAAUUCUUUGUGGUGUGUGUGUGUAUGUAUAUAUGAUAGAUACUUAUUUCAGAUAUCUGCUGUUUUGCAGUUUAAUGAACAAGAGAUGAUCAGAUUCUAUGUGGGUUUCGUAAAAUCUAUUCUGCUUUUCGUUGCUGUUUUCUGUAUAUUCCUCACUGGCACUGUACUGCAAAAAAAAAUGUUUACAUGUAUGUGCGUUUUGUGUUUUGCUCUGCAAGAUAUCCUUGCACUGAAAAUAUGAAGCACAAACUGCCACUCAUAAGUUGUUUUUUUAAACCAUGCCAGUAAAAUAUGCAAUUCCAACAAAGAUCCAUUCCAGUCCCUGAGCAGCCAGGUUUGUGAAAGCCUUCAUGGAAUAAGGUGCAUCGGUCUUCAUGUAUGGCUCUUUCCAUCCAUUCCAGUCCCUGAGCAGCCAGGUUUGUGAAAGCCUUCAUGGAAUAAGGUGCAACAGUCUUCAUGUACGGCUCUUUCCAUCCAUUUCAGUCCCUGAGCAGCCAGGUUUGUGAAAGCCUUCAUGGAAUAAGGUGCAAUGGUCUUCAUGUACGGCUCUUUCCAUCCAUUCCAGUCCCUGAGCAGCCAGGUUUGUGAAAGCCUUCAUGGAAUAAGGUGCAACGGUCUUCAUGUACGGCUCUUUCCAUCCAUUCCAGUCCCUGAGCAGCCAGGUUUGUGAAAGCCUUCAUGGAAUAAGGUGCAACGGUCUUCAUGUACGGCUCUUUCCAUCCAUUCCAGUCCCUGAGCAGCCAGGUUUGUGAAAGCCUUCAUGGAAUAAGGUGCAUCAGUCUUCAUGUACGGCUCUUUCCAACCAUAUCCUCAGAGAGGCCCAGAGCCUUGUUCAAAACAAGUCCAAAUGGUUUUAUUGUAUCUCAGAGUUGAACUAAGUAAUUGCAAAGCUGUUGUAACAAGGUCAUGGUUUGGAAUGGUGUUCUACUUGUGUAAAGGCUAUACUGCUGAUCACUGCAGUAUUUGGGUUGUUUUUGAGGUGUGCAGUAGUGGCAUCGGACCACUGGAAUCUUCUGCAAUACUGGGUAACUGUUUCCACAGCACUGGAUGAGAUUUUGUGAAUCAAAAUGCAACACCUAUAUUUCUGUAUGUAGUAUGUAUGUAUGCCAAAAAAGGAAAAGAAAACCAGAAAUGUUGAUAAACUCUAUAUGAAGAAUUAGAUGCUAUACAUUUUAGAGACGUGCAGACAGUAAACCUGCUGCAUUGUUCAGUGUACAUUGCAACACUUAAUUAGCUUCUAUUUGAGGUAGCGAUUACAUUGUCUAAAAUUAAUGAGAUGCAAAUGAAAGGGGGUUUACAGUAUCUUUUUAUAUUUUUUUUUAUUAUUUAUUUUUUUUAUUUCUUAGUGUUAAGGCUUAUAAAUGACUUCAGCAAAUACCUGGAGCGUGUAAAAAGCUAAUCAAACUGAAGUUCAUAUUUGCAUCUGUAUAAUGUGAUACAUUUUCUAAUAUCUCUUGAAGUAAAGGCAUUUGUUUUUUGCUGAACUACAAAUGCAUUGCCACAUCCGGAACCAGCAGUUGCUGUUGCUUCACUUAUUUAGGAUUUCUAGAGUUUCAGAUUCGCAAAAAACUAGACCCUGUUUUACUUAAUGUCAACCAUAAAGGCUGUAAACUUGGUUUGCUUACAUUUCGUUUUUCUUUGACACUUGGUAAAAAGAAACAAAACAUGUACAAAUAUAUUUAUUAGGAAUAUUGAAUCUUCAAAAGAGUUUGGAACUUACUCUAUUUUGCGUUCUGACUUUCUCUUUAAUAAAACAAAUCUGUUAUUGGUCUA